AUCCGACACCUCUUCUUUCUUCCACUUCCCAAACCCUCUCUUUCUGUUUCGCUUUCAGCAGAGACUUCACUUUCCCAACAUCACCUGAGAAAGGGAUACCCUUCACACGCACGCCCUCUGUUUCUCUCUUUCUCUUCUUUUUCUCUUAUCUUCUGCUUCAGGACGCACAACAAGAGGACAACAACUACAACAACUACAACAACUACUGCAACAUGAUUAACUUCGAAGAAACCGAGUUGCGACUCGGCCUCCCUGGUGCCUCUGCAACUGAUCAUGGCGAGUUAACUCUGAAGGGCAGUGGUGGCAAGAGAGGCUUCUCUGAAACUGCUUCUGUUGAUUUAAAGCUCAAUCUUUCUUCCAAUAACGACUCUGCCUCGGUGUCACCGGCUACAGAGAACCCCAAAGAGAAAACUACAGCAGUUGAACCUCCUCCUCGGGCUAACGACCCAGCAAAGCCACCUGCAAAGGCACAGGUGGUGGGUUGGCCACCAGUGAGAUCAUUCAGGAAGAACAUAGUGAAUGUUCAUCAAAGGAGCAGUGGCAAUGAAGAGGGUGAGAAGAGUGGUGGAGGAGCAGCGUUUGUGAAGGUGAGCAUGGAUGGUGCACCGUAUCUACGGAAGGUGGACAUAAGGUUGUACAAGAGCUACCAAGAGCUGUCAGAAGCGCUGGCCAAGAUGUUCAGUUCCUUUACAAUUCAGAAGUGUGGGUCCCAGGGGACCAAAUUGAUAGACCUUUUGAAUGGCUCUGAUUAUGUACCCACAUAUGAAGACAAGGACGGAGACUGGAUGCUCGUCGGUGAUGUUCCCUGGGAAAUGUUCGUUCAAACAUGCAAGCGCCUCCGCAUAAUGAAGGCUUCUGAAGCAAUUGGCCUCGCGCCAAGAGCCGUGGACAAGUGCAAGAGCAGAAGCUGAAGUGGGAACCCAAUUCACUCCGGCAAGAUUGAAUCUGAUAUAGGAAUAAUAAGAGUUUUAUUAUUAUGUGUCUUUGUCAGGUUUUUAAAAUUUCUUAUAUGUGUAUUAUAUGCAUGAGAAAAUAGUUGGAAAUUUGAUAGGGAGAAGAAAUAACAUAGAUGUUUAUAUGAUCCCAAUUUUGUUAAAAAAAAUGUGACUUUAAUGUUUGUUGGCAGCUUGCCUAAUGAUGAUGUGAAUGUUUGCAGUUUAUGUUAA